AAAUUUGACCUGGGAGAGCUGGAGGAGGUGACGGAGUAUGAUGGAGGUUACACCAAUGAUUCACCCGUGGUGCGGUGGUUCUGGCAGAUCGUGCACAGUCUCAGCCAUGAGGACCAGAGGAAACUGCUACAGUUUGCUACUGGCAGUGAUAGAGUGCCUGUCGGUGGACUUAGCAAACUUAAACUCAUCAUCGCCCGGAAUGGACCAGAUUCUGAUAGGCUACCUACAGCCCACACGUGUUUCAACGUACUGCUGCUUCCCGAAUACGAGAACAAAGACAAACUGCACGAUCGACUGAUAAAGGCUAUCAGCUACUCAAAAGGAUUUGGUAUGUUGUGAACUCAUCUCGGCAUUGCAGAUUUGUGUUUUGUGUUGAACAUUCGCGAAACACGACCUGAUAGAAAGAUGUACAGUAGUCGUAAAUAUAUUCAAGUAAAUUAUUUUGUUCCUUAAGCCAGCAGACUGACUGCUGUUAUUGUUAUAAUUUAUUUAUAGAUUAGUAAAGUGUACAGAGUUUUGUACAAUUUGUAGAGAAAAGGAUGUUCUUAGUUAUUGAUCAAUUCAGUUUGUAUAUUUACAUGUGAAUUCUAGAUAGAAUAUUGCUACCACCUGUACUGGGUCUUUACCUCAAAUUUGGCAUAUUUAUAUCAAUUUUAUAUUCUUUUUAAGUAUUUGAUAUAAUUUUGCAAAAAAAUACUCUUUUGCAUAUAUAUUUUUAAUUUGGUUAUUAAAUACAACCUGUUGAACUGUC